AUGCCAGACCGCGAAGCACAGCUGGCAUGGCAGGACAGCGACGAAGAACUCCCAGUCGGCGAGGGCCAGGACGAGUUCGCAUCUGCCAGCGUCCGUGGCGCCUCCCCGGGAGUCACCGGAGCCGAGGCGGCCGAGGCGGAGACCUCGCCGCCGCAGGUGACUCCGGCCGUCAACGCCCUUCAGCUCGAGAUGCCGCACCGCGAGGCUGCGCCAGCUAUGCAGGGUGGAAUCGGACGCGGCAACUCCACAUCUGCUGCCACAGACCACAACCGUUUGGCCAACCGUGUCAUGCCAGGUCCCGUCGCACCUGGGCCCGUCUCGCCAGGACUCGUCACAGCUCCGCCUGAAACUCAGAAGGAACAUCUUGAAUCCGUGGCGACCACUCCAUUCGCCGCGUCCCCGGCCUUGGCCGGCGGCUGCUGCGGAGUUUCGGGACCAUCCGACAUGUCCCAGGUUGUGCCCAGCGGCCCCAUGGGGGUGUCGGAGAUGCCCCAGGUGCGAACUCUGGUUGGUGUGCCCGCGGGUGGCGAGAUGAAUGUCUUGAACAGCGGCUGCGUUGGGUCGCAGGUCUUGCCCUUUGGAGUUCCCACCGCCGCCGCGGGCUACGGUGCCGGCAUUCUUAUCACGCCGAACCAGGUUCUCCCGGCGCCGCGGUCUCCGGUACCGGUGGGCCAACAUUCUCCCGUACCGAUGGGACAAAAUUCUCCCGUGCCGAUGGGCCAAAGUUCUCCCGUGCCGAUGCCCAUGGGUGAAACGCAGUCUAUGAUGAUGACGAGGACGCCAGUCGGAGCUGCCGCACCUCCCACCGCUUUUGUUGGCAACGCGAUGCCGACGACAGAUCAGAUAAGGUACCUGGAGCAGCAGAUGUACAUCCAGCAGCAAAUGCAGAUGGAGCAGCAAAGGCAGAUGGAGCAGCACCUGCAGCUCGGGCAGCAAGCAAGGCAGCUGGAGCAGAAAAGAGCCCUGGAGCAGCAGAGAGCUCUGGAGCAGCAGCGCUUCUUGGAUCAGCAGAUGCAGAUGGAGCGUGUGCGACAGGUCGGUCCCCAGGCAUCGCCCUUCGAGUUAAGCACUGUUGCGGGCACGAUCAGUAAAUUGGAGUCUCGAAACUUGCUCUUCAUAGUGCAAGGUAUGCCGCAGUCGCCAGCGCCGCCGACCUUGACGAAAGCCUCCUUGAUGCAAUUGAAUUUGUUCUGUUUGUCUACGGCGGUUGAAGAUCAAGAUGGAGUCUUGGCCCUGUCGAUUCCAGUACGAAUCUUGCAAGAAGGUCCAGCUGGCUCACGUUAA